AUGUUGCAGAUCAAAGAUCCACACAAGCCAAUACCUUGGCGCGUCCAGCACCCGGCAUCAACCCCGACACCGCCAACCACGACCAACACCACCUCAACCAGCCAUCCGCGCCUCGGCUACUUUGAAAUUACCUCUGUAACUUUUAUCAUUCUCUCUAAAGCUCUCAAACUCUCUCUCUUAAGCUCUCAAGCUCUCUCAAGCUCUCUCUCAAGCUCUCUCUCUUCUCUCUCUCUCUCUCAAAAGCUCUCAAAAGCUCUCUCUCUCAAAAGCUCUCUCUCUCAAAAGCUCUCUCUCUCUCUCUCUCUCAAAAGCGCUCUCUCUCUCUUAAGUUCUCUCAAGCUCUCUCUCAAGCUCUCUCUCAAGCUCUCUCAAGCUCUCUCUCUCUCAAAAGCUCUCUCUCUCUCUCAAAAGCUCUCUCUCUUCUCUCUCUCUCUCUCUCAAAAGCUCUCUCUCUCUCUCAAAAGCUCUCUCUCUCUCUUAAGUUCUCUCAAGCUCUCUCCCAAGCUAAACUCUUUUGAUAUCACACACACACCCAGACACACACACACACACACAUAG